UUGUGAUGCCCAACUCGUGGGUCAACGUUUUAGAAGUUCCUAGAAAUAGUAUGAAUUUGACCAUUAAAAAUUCAAAAUUAUUUGUAAAAUUAAAAUGUAUACUAAUUUUAGAAUAUCAUAUGCUAUAUCCAAGCGGUAAAAAAGUUGUAACAUAUAUGAAUGCGAUCAAAGAGUUUUAUGCUGAUUACAUCAUGCUUGAUGGAUUAAUUGAAAAAACCACAUUCUUUACUGAUUCCGAAUAUGUUAAUAAAAAAUUUGUUACAGAAAUAUACAAACAUAGAAUAGACAAGUUGAUCAGAGUUGAGACAAAAUAUACCACUAAAGAAAAUGAAACUGUAGAAUAUUUUAGAAGUGGUCGGGAUGACUUUUUAAAAACACAUACGUUUUAUGGCGAUUGUAACAAUAUAAAGACCAAGCGUUUUGUUACAUUUUAUAAUUUGAGACUUGAUUCAAUGGCUGAAUUAAACAUUGAUGAAAAUAGUUUCAUAACUACGUUUAAUGAUAGAUCAGAUUUAUUAUUCUGCCGCAAGUGUAUAUUUCAACAGACAGAAAAAAAUGAUUGCCAGAAUUUAAACGUCAAGAGGAAACCUACGAGGUGGCUCCAAGAAUUUAUUUGGUGGAGUCGCAAAGGCCAGAAAGCCAUGACUUAA